UACCUUUUGUCCAGUGCUGGGGAACUGAUACCUAAAUUCGAUUAUUAUCUGAUAGAUGUAUGACAACAAGAAGAGACUUUCCUGAUGGCACACUUUGGAGAACACCAGUUGAAACAUUCAAUAAGUUUAUGGUUGAUGAUCUUAGCAAGGUGACAAAAAGCUCAACAACAGAUAUAGCUAAUAUAAGAUCUGCAAAAGUACGCACUUGGAAAGCAGUUGCUGAUAUUUAUGAAAUAUUUCUUGUGGGAUAUUGUGGUCGUGCUCUGCCUUCAAAUGCACUUUCUAUGUUGGCCCUGAAAGCUGAUGAGUCUCUUGAAAUGAAUAUCUUGGAUAUCCUGGGAGACAAGAUUCUCAAUUCCCAGACUGAUGCACCCACUGAUAUACUGCAGCGAUUAAUCUCCACCUUAGAUAUAUGUGCUUCAAGGACUUGCUCCUUGCCACUUGAGACUGUUGAACUUAUC